AUGUCGUUACUCAAAGGAGCGACAAGAGGAGUGAUCGUCUCCACGUCCGCUUCUGUGAUUGUAACCAUAAUCCUCGUAUACAGUAACUACAUCAUACUGUGCCUUGUGGAUGAGAUUGCUGACCUCGAAUCAACUGCGAGAAAUAAUAUAUCGGAGUUUGAGUUUUUCCUGAACGAUGCUUGGUUUCAUAUGCUUGAGGAAACUCAAUUGUUCCGAAAUUUCUUCAGACGAACCGAUGUGGAGAAGUUUAUCCGAAGGAAGAGAGCGUCUGGUUCCGUUAGAUCACUUGACGAAAGAAUGCGGAAAUGGAGGGGGAUCUCGAAAAAUUUCCGGAAAGCGAAUCCAUUCGGUGAUAGACAAAGGUUUAAAAAAGGUUACAUGGCAGCUCCAGUGGUGACGGAACAGAAAUUCAAGUGUGCUAAAUGUAAGGAACAGGCUGACACAUGUCCCCCGGGCCCUCCUGGACCGCCUGGACCACCGGGUGCCGAUGGAGAGCCGGGUGAACCUGGACCGAACGGUGUUGAUGCUUGUUCCGGAUUACAACAAUCUGCAGCAAGUUAUGGAUGUAUAAAAUGUCCAGUUGGGUUGCCAGGCCCUCCAGGAGAAGACGGCCCUCCUGGACUACCGGGACCGGAUGGUCUACCAGGAGAAGAUGCGAAUGAGUACGUGGAAAUUACGAUCACGGGACUUCCCGGUCCACCAGGACCACCUGGUGACCCAGGACCACCAGGAGAACCUGGCCCUAUGGGACCAACAGGGCUGCCCGGCGAAAAUGCUCUCCGACGCAUAAAUCCCCGAGGACCGCCGGGUCCCCAGACACCAGGACCACCAGGUCCAGAAGGCUUGCCAGGUCUCCCUGGUCCACUUGUUGGACCUCCUGGUCUCCCUGGAGAACCGGGGCUCCCCGGACUACCUGGGGAUCCGGGAAUACCAGGAGCACCGGGAACGCCUGGUCGGAGAGGACGUCCCGGUGGAGAUGGAUUCUAUUGCGAAUGCCCUCCGAGGUUUCCAUCGACCGCAGGAAUUAAUUCGCAGGAAUAUGGAAGUCAGGCGUUUUACAGAACUACUCCGCCACGACCACAACCAGUGCAGCCCUAUGGAAAUCACGAGAAUCGCCCUUCCAGCAAAAUUUACACAACCCAAGUCAAUUUUUAUGGAUCCAGCGACGCCUACGUCACAGCACCGCCGUCCUAUGAAGCCUCAAUGUGGUCAGCGCAAGCGCAACACCCUGCGCCACCGAUAAUUCCGUAUUUCACUCAGCCACCACCCAGGAUGUAUACGAAUGUUCAGCGAAGAUUAAAUCGACCAGCGUCCAUGAACAAAUCGUUCCAUGGAUUUUCAAAAAGACGUAACAGGGAUAACGUGAAGGAAACGGGGCGUGGAAGUUUUUCAGGCAGUAAACGGAAAAUUCAUAGGCGAAUUAUACAAUCUGUAGGAGAAAAAAUUGCCCCAGCACUGGAACCAAUCGACAAAAAAAAAGAUGUGGAGGAGGAGGGAAUCGUGUGGACGAAUGUGAAAGAGUAUGAAAGAGUGAUGAGAAAUGUGGAAGAGGAUGAAGAAGUACGUAGGAGCAUUAAUAUCAACAAUUAA